CAAGGUCUUUGCUAAGGAAAACCACUCCUCCCCACCUUUACCUCUUCUCUUCUAGCUCCCCUUCCAUUUUCCCUUCAUCCCUCCUUAGCAAAGUGGGAAUGAGAAAGCCUGAAUUUCAACUGUGGGGGUAACCAGUGAUCAGUUUUGUUUUGAAUUUCAGAGGCAAUAUUGGAAAAAAAAAAAAGCAGAGUGGGAGGAGUACCAUCACUCUGCCAGGCGUUAGGACAUAUAACAAUGCCGUUGGAAUAAAAUCAAGGCAACCCUGGUAUGGAAGAGAUCUAGAUCAAUAUAACAGCAGUGAGCCCAGAAACUGAGACACGUGUCUAUGGAGACUUGGCAAAACAGACCCCAUCUCGCAUCAGCCAGGGAAAGAGGGAUUGUUUGACACCAGAAGAAAUAGAAAGAUUGACAGUUGAUGAAGACCUCAGCGAUAUUGAAAGGGCUGUUUACCUGCUCAGUGCUGGUCAAGAUAUCCAAGGAACAAGUGUGAUUGCAAACCUUCCAUUUCUGAUGCGACAGAAUCCUGCUGAAACACUAAGGAGAGUCUUGCCAAAAGUCAGAGAGGCGCUGCACGUGGCGGGGGCGGAGAUGCAGGUGACGGCGGCCAUGUCGUUUCUGACCAUCCUCCAGGAAGAGUCCGUGUCGGUGCACACCUAUGCUCACUCCUUCCUGCAAGUCAUCCUGCUGCACCUGGAGCACAGGGACGCAGGUGUCAGCAACGCCUGGCUGGAAACCCUCUUGUCGGUGAUAGAAGUUCUGCCCAAAGAAACCCUAAGGCACGAGAUUUUGAAUCCACUUGUUUCCAAAGCACAACUUUCACAAACAGUCCAGUCUCGUUUAGUUAGUUGUAAAAUUUUAGGAAAAUUGACGAACAAAUUUGAUGCCCACACCAUUAAAAGAGAAAUACUUCCCCUAGUAAAAUCACUCUGUCAAGAUGUAGAAUAUGAAGUUCGGUCCUGUAUGUGUCGGCAAUUAGAAAAUAUAGCUCAGGGCAUUGGGACAGAACUUACAAAAAGUGUGGUGCUCCCUGAAUUAAUAGAACUCUCUAGGGAUGAAGGCAGCAGUGUGCGGCUGGCCGCUUUUGAAACGUUGGUUAAUCUGCUUGACAUCUUUGAUACAGAUGACAGAAGUCAAACUAUACUUCCCGUAGUGAAAUCAUUUUGUGAAAAAUCUUUCAAAGCGGAUGAAUCAAUUCUCAUUUCAUUGUCUUUCCACUUAGGAAAACUAUGCCAUGGACUAUACGGAAUUUUUACGCCAGAUCAGCACUUGAGGUUUUUGGAGUUUUACAAGAAACUUUGUACCUUGGGUUUGCAACAAGAAAAUGGACACAAUGAAAACCAGAUUCCACCUCAAAUCCUAGAGCAGGAGAAGAAAUAUAUUUCAGUGCGAAAGAAUUGUGCUUAUAACUUCCCGGCCAUGAUUGUCUUUGUCGACCCCAAAAACUUCCACCUGGAGCUCUAUUCCACCUUCUUCUGCCUUUGCCAUGACCCGGAAGUCCCAGUCAGAUACACUAUUGCUAUCUGCUUUUAUGAAGUGUCUAAACUUCUGAAUUCUGGAGUAUAUUUAAUACAUAAAGAACUAAUAACAUUAUUACAAGACGAAUCACUGGAGGUACUAGAUGCUCUUAUAGAUCAUCUUCCAGAAAUCCUGGAACUUAUGUCUACUGGUGGAGAAAGCAGUAUUCAGGAAAAUAAGUUGUCGUCUCUGCCUGACUUGAUUCCCGCCCUCACAGCUGCAGAGCAGCGAGCUGCAGCCUCUUUAAAGUGGAGAACCCACGAGAAGCUCCUACAGAAGUAUGCCUGCCUGCCGCGGGUCAUAUCCAGCGAUCAGAUUUAUUACCGUUUCUUACAGAGAAUGUUCACAAUCAUGAUGACAAAUAAUGUCUUACCUGUCCAAAAGGCAGCUUCACGAACUCUAUGCAUUUUUUUACGCUAUAAUCGUAAACAAGACCAGAGACUUGAGGUCAUUCAAAAAUUAAUUGAACAACUGGGCCAAGGAAAAAGUUACUGGAAUAGACUUCGAUUUUUGGAUACCUGUGAAUUUAUUAUAGAGAUCUUUUCCAAAUCAUUUUUCUGUAAAUACUUCUUUCUACCUGCUAUUGAACUGACACACGAUCCAGUAGCAAAUGUGAGAAUGAAACUUUGCUGCUUGUUGCCCAAAGUGAAGUCGACCCUGAAGAUUCCUGCAGAUAAACAUUUACUACAGCAGUUAGAGAUGUGUGUGAGAAAACUCCUGUGUCAAGAGAAAGAUAAAGAUGUUCUGGCCAUUGUAAAAAGAACUGUGCUAGAGCUGGACAGGAUGGAAAUGUCUAUGGAUGCUUUUCAGAAAAAGUUUUAUGAAAAAGACUUGUUGGAUCAAGAAAAAGAAAGAGAAGAGCUACUUCUUUUGGAAAUGCCUGAAGAACUUUCCUUAGCAGUUCUUAAAUUGCAGGAGCAAUUAGAGAAGGAGAAGCAACAGAAUGAUGGAAGGCCCAUGAGUGAGAAAACCUUCGAAAAGAAACGUAGAGAUAUGAAGACACCGACAACUUUGCCCAAGAACACACCUGCUUCAGUUCCUGGACCUGCUUCUGGGACUCCAUCAACAAGCAAAGACAUCAAGAAAUCCAAGUUGAUUCGAAGCCAGUCUUUCAACAAUCAAGCCUUUCAUGCAAAAUAUGGCAACUUAGACAAGUGUGCUAGUAAAAGCUCUACUGUGGCAUAUACACCUCCUGCCUCAGGGUUAGCAAAGACUACUAUGAUUUCUCUAACUGAUGAUUCCUUCCGGGCCCGCAAUGCCAGCAGUGCACCUUCUUCCUUUUCUCCUAACGCUUCCCUCCCAAGUACCUCUCGAGGCUCAGGGAGCUCUGUGGAUCCAAAGGGCAGCGGGAGUAAAGACACACAGCCUCGGAAGGCUUCCUUAAAAUCCAGAAAAGCAAAUCCUUAAGUCAUCUGCUUGAUAAAGGAGGCGAACAAGACCACCGGAGAUAAUGCGAUUGAUGACGAGCUAAUGCUUGGCUGCGGCUUUGUUUUUCUUUUCACAAAUGGAAAAGAGUCAUAAUGGCAGCUGGUGUUAAACUUCACAUAUUUGAAAUUAGAUUCCCUAGGAGGUAUAAUAUAUAUUUCUGGAAAAAUAAUGUGGUUACAGAAUUCCAAUGUCAUAGUGAAACAUAAUGAAAAACAACUUUAGGUAUGUGCUUUACCUACUGCUGCAAAAGACAUAAGUCCACACUUAUUUAAAACAGGAAUUUCCAUUAAGUCUGCAUUUAUUUGUGCAGGAAACCAUCUAUUUAAUUGUUCUAGAGUUUUAGCCUUUAAAAAUUCUAUGAAAGUCCAAGUCAACUGAAUACUAGCUAAUCCCUCGGCCAAGGGCCUGGGGGAAAGAAAGGCAUUGCAUUUUCUCAUGCAUCUCCAAGCGCAGUUGAGAAGUCACACUGAAGAUGAUACAGUAGUUAUAUGUAAUCUGUCAGUCCGCGGAUGUGGCCACGGGAUGUUGUACCUGGGCAGUCCAAAGUUUAAAUUUGGCAAUGAAAAUUCUACAAAGAUUUCUGAGAACGUGUAGCUACAACUACCUUCAAAAUAAUAGAUUGAUGAUUUCCUUUAUUUCAUAGAAUUUAUUUUAUAAAUACUUUUGUUUACAUUUUAGAUUGUAGUUGUCCUUACUUGAUUUGAAAUGACGAAUCUAGUUUGAAUCAGCUGUUAUUUCAAGCUAUCAUGCUUAAGCUAUGUCAACAGCAUUUAUUGGUACUGAUGCAGUAUUUUCAUCCAAAUUUGCCUGUGAAAAUAUACAGCUCUUAAUUUGACAAUGUCAGUUCUUGAGAUAUACCGUAUGAAGCUAUUGUCAGCUUCUCUAUUUCAAAAUGCAAUCAGCAUAUUAACUAUAUUGAUAUUAGAGAAUAUUUGUUUUUUUUAAGUAUAUUGAUGUAUGAUAAAGAUGAUCUAAUUUGUGGAUGCAAAUGCGUGUGUGGUUACUUUUUAUAAUGUGAAAUAAUGAAUAAUGAAUUUAUUCAAAAUAAAACAUAGGUUA